CAGAAAGAAAAUCAAAAUAUGGUUAGACUCAAUCAGUCUGACUUGGCAUUUUACACAUAAAUAACAAAAUCACUCUUCGUAAAUUACUAUCUUAUAAAGUAAUAAAAUUGUUUUUUUUUAAACUUCACUUAAGUUUUUAUAUAAAUUUAAAAAAUAAAAAAUGCCCCAAUACAAAGUAAAAGUAAAAUGGGGGAAAGAGUUAUUUCCAAAUAUUGAAGUAAAUACCGAUGAAGAGCCAAUACUUUUCAAAGCACAACUUUUUGCUUUGACUGGAGUCCAACCGGAAAGACAAAAAGUCAUGUUGAAAGGAAUGACAUUAAAAGACGAGAGCUGGGGAAACAUAAAACUGAGAGAUGGAGUUACGGUGCUUCUGAUGGGUUCAAAAGAAGAAGACGUACCAGUGGAACCAGCAGAGAAGCCGUUGUUUGUAGAAGACAUGAACGAAGCCGAAAUAGCAUCCGCUCUUGAUUUACCUGGAGGACUGAUGAAUCUCGGGAACACCUGUUAUCUUAAUGCGACAGUCCAAUGUCUCAAAACUGUCCCAGAGUUACGAGAAGCUUUGAAAAAUUUUUCUGGAGGUCUUGCUCCGACAGGCAGUGACGGAAGAGCAUCAUUAGUUCCGGCCCAGAGUAUUACUGCUGCUUUGAGGGAUCUGUAUGAAGGUAUGGAUAAAGGCUCGCCAAUCCGACCUUCUAUUCUUGUUCACAUGGUGCAUCUUGCGUUUCCACGGUUCGCUGAAAAGUCUGAGCUCGGUAGUUUUCAGCAACAAGAUGCCAGUGAGUGCUGGACUGAAUUAAUCCGAAUGCUUCAGCAAAAAUUACCAGCUGAUGUUAAUCCACUAGCUGACGAAAACAGUUACAAGCCACGUUCAUUGAUAGAACAGUAUUUCGGUGGAACCUUUGAUACAGAGUUAAAGUGCGUUGAGUCUGAAGACGAGCCACCGACUAAAUCCAAAGAGGAAUUUUUACAGCUCAGUUGUUUUAUAUCAACUGAUGUCAAAUACAUGCACUCUGGAUUGAAGAAUAAAAUGCAAGAGCAGUUAACUAAAUUAUCUCCAACUCUAGAACGUGAUGCAGUUUACACUAAAACGUCUAAAAUCAGCCGAUUGCCAUCAUAUCUCACUAUCCAGUUCGUUCGCUUUUUCUAUAAAGAAAAAGAAGCCAUUAAUGCAAAGAUCUUGAAAGAUGUAAAAUUCCCCAUGGACUUCGAUGCAUUCGAUCUCUGCACUCCCGAGCUUCAAAAAAAACUUAUACCCAUGCGAGAUAAAUUCAAAGAACUGGAAGACAAAAAAGUGGAAGAAGCUCAGAGCUUGGCAGACAAAAAAGCUAAGGGCGAUGUCACUGAAAAGGCAGUUAAGCCUCUGCCUUUUUGGUUUGAAAAUGACUUAGGUUCAAAUAACAGCGGGUACUACACCCUUCAAGCUGUGCUAACUCAUCGUGGAAGAUCGAGUAGCAGCGGUCACUACGUUGCCUGGGUACGUCAAAAAGGCGACACAUGGCUGAAGUGUGAUGAUGAUACAGUAAGUGUCGUCACAAGUGAGGAAAUUCUUAAGCUUAGUGGUGGUGGCGACUGGCACUGCGCUUACGUUCUUCUGUACGGACCGAAAAUUCUUGAGAUUCCUAUUGCAAACAGCGAUUAAUUAUACUAAUAAUUUUUUGUCAUUAAAUUUAGCUUGAAAAAAAAUUAUUAGUUUAAAUUUAUAUUAAGCAUUUUAAAUUUGUUUCGCAUUGAGAGAAUGAUAUCAGUUAUAGUUAUAAUAAUAAUUAUAAUUUUCUUAUAAAAUA